AUGGCAACAAUCGUUCAGACUAGAACUACGAGCAAUGUUCAAACAAGACUCGACAAACAAUCUGAAAAUGCAUCUGACGAUAUAUCUCAAAAAUGGUUUACGCAACUACUUAAAACUGUUGAACAAAGUCAUUUUCAAGCUUAUGCUCAUGCUUGGGCUUUCAAUUCCAGUAUAACAAAUUCUACUUGUCGUUUAUGGUACUUUAUACUUCAUCGAAUUCUCCGGCCUAAUCCUCAAUUAUAUAUGGCUAUACGUACAUGUAAUUUCGACGCAAGAAAUGGUGGUUGA